CUCAAACUAAUCAAAUGGGGUCAGUUCAUACACGUAUAGAGGCUUUCAAGAGACUGAAUCAGUCAGGAACGGAGGGUUUGAGUAAACUACUUAUUGAGACUCAUAGCACUCAGUUUCGUCAGUCAUUGCCCACCCCCAGCUGCGUCCAGUUUACCGCGGAAUAGUCCUUCUUUUCUUUUCCUUCCAGGUUCUCAAAAUAUACUCUCCUUCACGUCAAGAAAUCGUUACUCGGUAUUCACUCAAGGGUUGACCACUAUUACUCCUGAACAGAGCCGGGCACUUUUCCCUCACAGUGAGUCGCCAAUCCCUAACCAUCUUCCAUCCAUCCACCCACUAACACACCAACCCUCCUAGGAUGCAUCCCCCCUCAAUCCUCACAACCGCCCUCCUAGCCGCCGGCCUCGCCCAAGCCCAAAACUGCGUCGAAAACGGCCCCGCCGGCGACGCCAUCACGGGCUUCCGGUUCUCCGGCACCUGCGAAUCCUGGCAGUGGUUCUCGCGCGACAAGGGAACGCAGGUGACCCUCCAACCCGACUGUCUCCUACGGCAGACGUUCCCCAACGCCACGCCGCUGGGCCACGUGUGUAUCCACCUCGAUAGCGGGGGCCACAAGGGUUUCCGGGCGCCGGGGGCGGGAGCGCCGCAGUGUAGGGUGCCGGAUGACUUUUGCUCGGGGAUUCAGAAUGUAUGGGGGUGGUAGAAGAUGAUGACACCGAAAGCUAUAAAGCGCGUCGCUGUGGUGAAGGUUGAAUAGUUGGCGAAUGGCGUUGUUGUGUGUGUGAGUCGAGGUGGAGGAAAUUCGGAAUUAUCAAA